AUGGUUCGAUCUCCCGUCUUACCACCUAGAACUUCCGACAACGAUUUUGGAUCUAUGUUCCUUACCGCCAGUGUCCCUGGGUUCACGCGUUCUGGUUCAAGACUUCAACUUCGUUUCAGGCAAAACGCGUUGCAAAUCUUGACAACGACUGUUAAAACUCGGAGAAGUUUUGUGGUUAGAGCUUCUUCAGCAUCUAGUGACGCUUCCUCUGGUUCUUCACCCAAACCGAUCGCACCGCUUCAGCUGGAGUCGCCUGCUGGUCAGUUUCUGUCUCAGAUUUUGUUGAGCCAUCCUCAUCUUGUGCCUGCAGCUGUUGAACAUCAGCUUGAGCAGCUCCAAACUGAUCGGGACUCUGAGGGACAGAACAAAGAUGCAUCCUCCGUUCCUGGAACCGACAUCGUUCUUUACAGGUUUGUUACAACAAUCUAUGAACACUAUUUUGAACUGAUUUCUUGA